CCCCAAUGUUUAAUGCUAUUUUAUACACACCCCGUUAAACUCUCUACCCAAUCCAUUCUCCCCUACCCUAACCCCUCGAAUUUCCCCAACUGUCUUUCUUCACUCUAUUUACUCAUCAAAUCCAAAUUCUUUCCUUUUUCCAAACCCUCCUAAAUUUUCUCACUCACCAGUAUAUUCCUUAGAAUCUUAGAAAAAAAAUAGUGUUGUCUUCUGUGUAUGGAAGAAACUAGAACCAUAACUCGAACAACAACAUCUUCAAAUCCAAAUCGUUCAUGUGAUUCAUUAUAGGGUUGCAGUUUACCGAUUCAUAAAUGUUGUUUACCUCUUCUUCUCACUCUGUCUUUUCUCGCCAAUCGUUUCUUCCAAUCAAGGGUUUUCUUCGUCCUCCAACACUUCGUCCUUUUCCUACAACAACCAUUCGGAUCUCAAAUUCUCGUUUCAAUUCACCAAACAACAACGUAAGUAAGAAAUUGAGUAUUCUGUGUUUUAGGCAUGAAGAGUAUCAUUCUUCGGAAACGCCGAAACCUGAGAUUAUAGACCAUUGUCUUCAUGAGGAGUUGGUGCAAUCUGAAUCCAAGGAGUCUAGUGUCACUAAAAGGGACUGGAAGUCAAUCUUUCCGAAGGUUGCAAAUGAAGUAUUCAAUGGGAUUGGUAAACGAUGGGUUGUACCAUGGAGUGCAAUGACAAUAUUAAAAGUUAUGCUUCUUUGGACAUCAGCCUUUUGGUUUAUAGGAUCUUGGAUGGUCCCUUUUGCAGCUCAUAUAACCGGAUUUAGCAAGGAUUCUUUGACAUUCAGGGGACAGGCACUGUUUAGCCUCGUCACUGAUGUAACCGAAGGGCUAGCCGGGAUUGCAAUUCUUAUCCGAUGUCUUUCACGAUUCCGUCCCCUUCCACCCGAUUGGUUCAAGUUUAGCCCUAAAGGGUAUUGGCAAUUUGACGUCGUAAUGGGAUGUCUCAUGUUUCCCCUUGUCAAUCGGCUAUCUCAGUUCAACCUUGACCUACUACCUAUCUUACCAUCUACACAAAUCACCCUUUCAAGCGUUGAACAAUCGAUAAAAGCAAGGGAUCCCGUGGCGAUGCUGUUGUAUGCAAUUGUAGUAUCCGUCUGCGCUCCUGUGUGGGAGGAGAUAGUUUUCCGUGGCUUUCUACUCCCGUCUCUCACCAAAUACAUGCCCGUGUGGUGUGCGAUAUUGGUAAGUUCGGUUGCGUUUGCGCUUGCACAUUUUAACAUACAGAGGAUGCUGCCACUUAUAUUUCUUGGGAUGGUGAUGGGUGUAAUAUUUACAAGGUCAAGGAAUUUAUUACCAUCAAUGUUGUUGCAUAGUCUUUGGAAUGGCUUUGUCUUUUUAGAUUUGAUGAAAUAGCUUCUUUAAACUUAAGAUGAUUCUUUAGUAAUCAGGAGGUAGACACUAUUAUUGUAGAUAGCAAUGCUUUGGAUCAGCAUAUUCAGUAGCAAAUGCAUUCUAGAACAGAGUACCUAAUUGUUAAGGUACAAUGACAAAUUGUAUGUGUAACGGAUUCUUACAAUUGUAUAUUGUGAAAAUGAAAAUCAGGGACCUACUUUGUCUA